UCGACAAGAACUACUUUUUAGUCAGUGGCGGGCGCGGCCAUUUUGUUGAGACCGAUUCUGUAUUAACUUUCAAUCGUUUUCAAUCGUCAUAGUGAGGUUGCAAUCUGCCUAAAAAGAAAUGGCAGACAGAGAGGAUAAUGUUUAUCAAGCUAAGCUUGCCGAACAAGCCGAAAGAUAUGAUGAAAUGGUCAGCUCGAUGAAAAAGGUUGCCCAACAGGAUACAGAGUUAACAGUAGAAGAACGCAAUCUUUUGUCUGUGGCUUAUAAAAAUGUUAUUGGUGCUCGGAGGGCUUCAUGGAGAAUAGUUAGUAGCUUAGAACAAAAGGAUGAAGGCAAGGUUUCUGAAGAAAAACAGCAGAUCACUAGGGAAUAUAGAAAACAGAUUGAGUCAGAACUUAAUUCUAUUUGUCAUGAUGUACUCAGUGUUAUUGAUAACAACUUAAUUCCAAAUGCAGCCACUGGUGAAUCAAAGGUCUUUUACUAUAAAAUGAAAGGAGAUUACCAUAGGUACUUAGCUGAAUUUGCUACUGGUAAUGACAGGAAAGAAGCUGCUGAGAACAGUUUAGUAGCCUACAAAGCUGCUAGCGAUAUAAGUAUGACGGAACUUGCCCCUACACAUCCCAUUCGUUUAGGUUUGGCGCUCAACUUCUCAGUGUUUUACUACGAGAUUCUGAAUUCACCAGAUAGAGCUUGUAGAUUGGCCAAAGCUGCAUUUGAUGAUGCAAUUGCAGAAUUAGAUACCUUAAGCGAAGAAAGCUACAAGGAUUCCACAUUGAUAAUGCAAUUGCUUCGUGACAACCUCACACUAUGGACAUCAGACAUGCAAGGAGAAAAUGAUGGUGGUGAACAAGAACAACAGACAGUCCAGGACAUUGAAGGAGAGGAUGCGUCCUAAGGCUGUGUUGGAUUAGUGGAUUUAGUAUACACCAAUUUGAACAUUAUACAAAAAAUGUCAUUUAUUACAAAACUGCUACUGUAUGUCAAGAUUUUGGCCCACCAUUUUCACAACUCACAAGUUGUGUUCCCCUGAAGUUAUCUCUCUGACAGCUUUUUUUUUUUAUGUUUGAAACUAAAAACUCCAUUGAAAGCAACUCUUAGGUGAAUGAAGGAUACAUGGUUGACACUUCGUCAGUUUUGGCAGUAGUUUGAAAAUCUUGUCAUUGGCUAUGGGAGGGUAGUUACCAUGUCAUUUUUUUUAUUAUUAUUAUUUAUUUGUGCUUUUAUCAGUAUAUGACUAGGGGUUGAUAAAGAGUUGUCUUUAAAACAAAAUGUUGAUGGAAGUCUUGUUCUCAAUGCUUAAAAAAUAUAUAAAUAUAUACAUAUACCAAUUUUCUAUUUAAGUUUUCACAUCUUGAAUAGUUCUUGUUCAGUUUAUCUAUAUAUUGUCGAAUCCAUCUUCAUUGCAGACAUUGUUUCAUUUUACACGAAAAGUGAUGCAUGUCAACUUUUUAUCUAUUUCUCAUGUAUGCUCUGUUCCUUGUUUACUUGGAUUUCCCUCUUUGCUCUGGACAUGAAUGAUUUUGUGCAUGGGUGUCAAUAAUGAUUUACCGUUGUAUAAAUAGUUGUAAAAAUGUAUACGUGUGUUUGUGGUGUCUAACACCAAUAGAACAAUUUUCAACAUUUUAAUCAAAUGUUGCAGUAACAAUAGAAUAUUGGCUAUUUGUAUCCAUUGCCAGUGACAAGUACUAUUGCCUAAUUUGUGUAGUAAACUCAACUGUAUUAUUUUUGUAUAAUUUAAGAGUUAGCCCUACCCUCCUUGUUCUUUUAAUGAUCAACAACUUUGGUUUCACUUUUCUUUUAGAGCAAAAUUAAUUUGCAGAUAUGAAGAUUCCAUGGUCACAAGAUCGUUUGUUGAAUCAUUUAAAAGAGCAAGGAGGGUUGUUCCAUUAUUUGAAGAUACAUUUGUAAUCAUUUAGGCUCCCAUUACUAAUUGAUUGGUCAGUGCUUUUGAAUGUUUCCUUUUGAUGUAGAAAGACAGUAGUAGUAGUACUGCAAGUAAUUCUUACAAUAAUUUGGUCUAGCCGGGUUGAAAAGGACCAGAAUGUCUUUCACACCAGUUUUUAUUCAUAAAGAUAAUAAUAAAAAAAAACAUCCAAAGCAUUGUAGCGUUUCUCCCUCAAUUAGGUGUUCUUUAAUCAUUUAUCUUUUUCACAUUUAUAUAUUUUAAGUUGAAUCAUUUGAAAUGUGUACUAAGGUAAAUACAAUUAUUAAUUUAUAUUGAUAUAGUUUAAUUUUUUUAACAAGGAAUUUUUUUAUUUUAUUUUUUUGGCUUCUAGUGAUUACACCUUUAAACAGUUUGCACUUGUAUAAGGUGAACAUCUUUUCCAAUGUGUAAAAUGUAAAAAAAAAAUAUUUUUUUUUUGGUUUAUUAAAAUCUGCUGUGAUUUCUUUUUAUUACUAAAACAAACAAAAAUGUGCUAUUGUGUGUCAAGGGUCAUUUAGCAUGCAAAUUUUUUUUCAUAUCAAUUUAGCAUAAUGUUGCCGUUUUUCUUCUGAUGAAAAAGAGUUUUAAAGAUAACGGAAAAAAACAUUUUUUGGUUUCAGUGUUAAAAACAUAGUACUGAAAGUGGCACUUGGCUUGUUUUUAAGUGUUGUGAUCACAAUGUUUUUUUGUUUUUUUUUUAAACUGUAGCCAUUGUGUCAGUACUGUUGUUUAGAUAUUUAGAAAUUAUGCUAUAGGAGACCUGUAAAAUUGCACCUAUUGUCAUGCUUUUUAUCUUCAAUUAAAUCUAUUAUUCAAGUGCAAACAAAA